AUGUCUCGGAGGAAGAUCUCGUCCGAGUCCUUCAGCUCGCUGGGCUCCGACUACCUGGAGACCAGCCCCGAGGACGAGGGGGAGUGCCCGCUGGCUAGGCUCUGCUGGAACGGCAGCCGGAGCCCGCCGGGGCCGCCCGAGCCCCGCGCGGCCGCCGCCCGAGCCCCCGCCGCGGCCCCGGCCCCGGCCCCGGCCCCGGCCCCGGCCGCCUGCUCCUCCUCCUCCUCCUCCUCCGCCGCCGCCGCCGCCGCCGCCGCCGCCACGGCCGGGGCCAGGAGGGCGCAGCGCCGGAGGCGGGUCAACCUGGACUCGCUGGGCGAGAGCAUCAGCCGCCUGACGGCGCCCUCGCCUCAGACGAUACAGCAGACUCUCAAGAGGACACUGCAGUAUUAUGAGCACCAAGUUAUUGGUUACAGGGAUGCAGAAAGGAAUUUCCACAAUAUCUCUAACAGAUGCUUCUAUGCAGACCAUUCCAACAAAGAGGAAAUGGAAGACAUCCCAGGAAUUCUUCAGUGCACUGCUAAUAUACUCGGCUUGAAGUUUGAGGAAAUUCAAGAAAGAUUUGGAGAGGAGUUCUUUAAUAUAUGCUUUGAUGAGAAUGAGAGAGUCCUUCGAGCUGUGGGUGGCACGUUGCAGGACUUUUUUAAUGGCUUUGAUGCUUUGUUGGAACACAUUAGAACUUCUUUUGGAAAACAGGCCACUCUGGAGUCACCAUCAUUCCUAUGCAAAGAGCUCCCUGAAGGAACUCUAGUGCUCCACUACUUCCAUCCUCACCAUGUCGUGGGGUUUGCUAUGCCAGGGAUGAUUAAGGCCGCUGGCAAGAAGAUCUACCGGCUGGACCUGCAAGUGGAACAGGUUGCCAGUGAGAAAUUGUGCUCCGAUGGCUCGAACCCAGGCAAUUGUAGCUGUCUUACCUUCCUCAUCAAAGAAUGUGAAAAUACCACCAUCACAAAGAACCUUGCACAGGGCACCUCCCAUGUCCCUGCGGACCUCAGAAUCAGCAUCAGCACCUUCUGCAGAGCCUUCCCUUUCCACUUGAUGUUUGACCCCCACAUGUCAGUCCUGCAGCUGGGGGAGGGCCUCCGGAAGCAGCUGCGGUGUGACACUCACAAAGUGCUCAAGUUUGAGGACUGCUUCGAGAUAGUGUCUCCCAGGGUGAAUGCCACCUUUGAGAGGGUCCUCCUGCGGUUGUCCACCCCGUUUGUGAUCAGGACCAAGCCCGAGGCUUCUGGCACUGAAAAUAAAGACAAGGUGAUGGAAGUCAAAGGACAGAUGAUCCAUGUCCCAGAAUCAAAUUCCAUUUUAUUCUUGGGCUCUCCAUGUGUGGACAAGUUGGAUGAACUCAUGGGCCGAGGGCUGCAUCUCUCAGACAUCCCUAUUCAUGAUGCCACCCGAGAUGUCAUUCUGGUUGGUGAACAGGCAAAGGCACAAGAUGGCUUGAAGAAGAGGAUGGAUAAAUUAAAGGCAACUUUGGAAAGAACUCAUCAGGCCCUGGAAGAAGAAAAAAAGAAAACAGUGGAUCUUCUGUAUUCUAUUUUCCCUGGUGAUGUAGCCCAGCAGCUGUGGCAAGGGCAGCAGGUGCAGGCAAGAAAGUUUGAUGACGUUACCAUGCUCUUCUCGGACAUUGUUGGCUUCACAGCCAUAUGUGCCCAGUGUACUCCCAUGCAGGUGAUCAGCAUGCUGAAUGAACUGUAUACCAGGUUUGACCACCAGUGUGGAUUUUUGGAUAUUUAUAAGGUGGAAACAAUAGGUGAUGCGUACUGUGUUGCUGCAGGACUCCAUAGGAAAAGCCUCUGCCACGCUAAGCCCAUUGCUCUGAUGGCCCUCAAGAUGAUGGAACUUUCAGAAGAGGUGCUGACACCCGAUGGAAGACCAAUUCAGAUGAGGAUAGGCAUUCACUCGGGUUCUGUGCUCGCUGGAGUUGUUGGGGUGAGAAUGCCACGAUAUUGCCUGUUUGGAAAUAAUGUCACUCUGGCAAGCAAAUUCGAAUCAGGAAGUCACCCUCGGCGCAUCAAUGUCAGCCCAACCACUUACCAAUUAUUAAAACGGGAAGAAAGUUUCACAUUCAUUCCUCGGUCCCGUGAAGAACUUCCAGACAACUUUCCAAAGGAAAUCCCUGGAAUCUGCUAUUUCCUGGAGGUAAGGACUGGUCCUAAGCAGCCAAAGCCUUCUCUUUCUUCCUCGAGAAUAAAAAAAGUUUCCUACAACAUUGGCACCAUGUUCCUCCGGGAGACAAGCCUCUGAGACCUACUGCAGAUCAAAGACUCCUCCAAAAAGCACAAGCCCGAACAUGGGUCAUGACUGGAGAGUGGAAAGAGGUGGUUUCUCUUUCACUACCUUGCUGAGAACAAGCAGCAGAAUUUCUGUGUUAUGUUAGGCAAUAAUCCUAGAAAAAGGUGGAUGAUGACUGAAAAAAAAAAGAAAAAGAGAGAGAGAGAGGUGAGGAUAAUAAGAUGUGUCCAUCCAUGUAAGUGUUUUUUGGUCAUAUAUAUAUUAUAUAUAUUUUAAGUACGGGCCCCCUUUCAAAACUAACCAAUAAAUAGAUUCCGUGUUUUCUUGUUUGUCACACAUACAGGUAUUUUUUCCCAUAUAUCUCUAUCACUUUUGAGAGCCAGUUUUGAUGAUAUAUUCCUACAUUUAAUGAGUUGGUAUGUGAGGAAUAUUUUCUAAUUUUGUUUUUUUGAACAGACAUUUCAUACAUACAUCAUGGCAGUGUGGUCAACUUCCCAGCAGAAAGAACUGUAACUCAGCAAAAUAUUUUAGGGAUAUUACCUAUUUUUAUACAUCUCUCUUCUUCUAGAUAAUUACAUUUCACACAACAUUACUCGAUUUUCAGAAUCUGCUACUGUGUAGUUGGUAUAUUAUGUAACUGUAACCUAUUAAUCAAAUAUAGCUUCACUUAUUUAGACAGAUUAGUGCUUGGACUGAGAAUACAUAUAACCAAGGACUUCAGAUGCUGAGAAAGCAUUGUAUGUCUGCUUAGUAAAUAUAUCCUUUAGAUUUAAUUAAUGUAGCAUGGAAUGCAAAGGAAAUAGAAUUUCCUAAUAACAGAUUUAUCUGUAACAAGGAUUACAGAAAGGUCUUAUUGCCAUCUUCUAACAAAUGUCAUUUAAAAUGAAAUGUUUUGCUACAGUGGACCCUUUUCAACUUAGCAUUUAUAAAUAGGUAGCGUGUACAAUGUACUCAACUAUAUUCUAAUAAGCGGAAUCCCCACUAUAUUAUUACUCCUUCCCCUACCUUUCUACCUUCCCCACUGGAUGCCUCCUAAGGGCUACCUGCCACUCUUGGGAGCAAAUUCCUAGAUGCUGUAGGACAUUUUGCCAAGAAUGUUGUUUCUUCUUGAAAAAUAAGCAAGGAUGGAGAAACCCUGUAUUUUAUGGCUUUGAGAUUAAAAAAAAAAAGAAGAAUUUUUCUUCUGCAGUUUGAUUGAUGGGGCUCUUAAAUUCAGUGAAUCACCUUCAUGAACACAGAGGUAGGUCUAGCCUCCAGGCCCAGCCAUUGCCAUUGUGACAGAUAGGCUUCGAUCAUAUGUGGUGCUAAAAUAAAGACCUGUUCCCACUAAUUAGCACCACAUGAAAAUAUUAUCACAGAUGCACCCUGAAAUUAGGAGUACAGUACAUCUAGAGUUUUCCUAUUUUGGAUCUAAUAUAAACCAAGUUUCUACUGAGGUUAAUGAACUGGAAAUAUUUGUUUCCUUGAAACCUUGAAGUGGCUCUUUACUCCAGACAGUAUGCUCAUUGAGAGCUUAUGUCUACUGAAUGUAAUAGAGUGAUUUCUCCAGUCAGGCAUUUUGGCUGCAUUAUGAUUUGUUUGUAACAUAACUCAGCUACAGAGCAUAUUAACUGGUGUCCAAUUAGUCUACGAGGUUUAUUCAUGUUUUUAAGUUCUCUAAGUGUGUAGCUAGAAAACAUUUGUAGACAUGCAAAGUAUGUGUUAUAUAAUAGUGACCACUCCUGUAAUCGUUGAACUCUGUUUUCACCCCAAGGCUUAUGAAGACACGAAUGUAAUACUUACUGUGCAGACAGGAUCUAGACCAUGAGCUCUCUGAAUCCUUGCCAGUCGUUUCUCCUCCCUGGUCCUAGGUCUCUGUUUUUAACAACGUGGAGGCCAGAGGCCAGGGUGUUUAUUUAAGUGGAGUUUUGUAGAUUGAGGACAGGGUGCCUUCAUGAGGAUAGUUCCAAAAGAAUUUCUUCAGGGGCCUUGGAGGUUAACCCACUUCCUUCACUGGGAACAAGGGGGCAGGUUUAUAGUCAGUGUGGGCAGAACAAGCUGCGAGCCCCUAAGUCCUCUUGCUAAAAGCCGGCAACACUUUAACCAUGUGCUCUGCACAGCACAGGGGCAUGGACAGAGAACCCAGCUUCCUGAAGUCAUUUAUGCUUUUUCUGCACAGGAGCUUAGAGCUUAUUAUGAUAAAGUAAAUCAAUAAACAUUUUGGUGGUAAACAAUGUGUUUUGUAACCAUCAGGAUUUCCAGUAAUCAUCCAAUCUAUUUCUCUGCUUUUUAUAAAGAUGUGUCUAAACAACUAUUCUAAGUAUAUGAUUAUUCUUUCUAUACUUAAGAAUAUCUGUGGGAAGCAUAUUUUAAAAGCAUCAUUGAAAAGCUACUUCAUUAUCCGGUAAUUGGUGAUAAUGCCCAAGACACAAAUUGUAUAUACAUUCAAUUUGUCAAAAGAAUAACAAACUCUUAGCUUAUAUGGUUCUACUUAAAGAAGUAGCCAUUUACAUUGUCGCAAAUAUCACAAUGAAAAAUAUACCAGAGAUCUAUUAUAUAUCACAGGAUGUAAACUACACUUUUCAAACAAUGUAAUCUAAAUGUAUCUUUGAAGCUGUAGUCUGUGACAAUAGUCUAACCUGUUACCAUUUUGCCAACCUAUUACAGUUCAUUAUUAAUUACCCUCUUGCUAUGUGUUAGCAAGUUACUGCAUAAAAUGGCUGUUUAUUCAAGCUGCACUCAUAGAAGUUAGAAGCUGUGAAAAACUAUUAUACUUUUAUUUGUCCUAUGUAAUACAGUCUACGUAUCCUCCAUUUAGGAAAUGUGACUGCAACAAUGGGUCAUAGUUAGUACUUCAUUUGACUAAUAUAUGUACAGUAUUCUUACCUAAAAAUUACUGCAAACGUCAUGCAUUUUAGUAUGGCAGAUUAAAAAGAAUGUAAAUGGAUGUCCUAUUAGAAGUCAAGUGUUAUUAAAUUAGGGAAAUGGCUUUAACCCACUCUAAAAUGGAUACAUUCAAAUAUAAUUUGGCACUUACAUCUCCUCUAGAUUAGUGUGCUUUGGGGUAACAAAUUUGAAGAAGUCAUUACAUAACUAAGCAUCAGUACCAGAGAUCCACACUGACAUCAGUAUUAUUUUGAUAGAAAGAAAGUCAUCAUCAUUUGCAAAUAAAUCUGUAAUCCAACAAAGUCACAAACUCCCCAUAUGUAUUCCAAACAGUGCACAGUAUGUGCUUUGGUAAUCUUAAUAAACAGGUAACAUUAGCCAUAAUAAAAAAAGAAUAAUUCUCAGUGCCAUGAUAAUACAUAUCAUUGGAUCUCUCAUCUAUGUAGUAUGGUAUAGUGAGAGAAAGAAGAUAAAGAAGAUAAAGCUUCUAUAUAACAGGUGAUUGUCUAAAACCUGCUUUGAUAUUCGUUUCUUCUACUUUAAAUUAUUUUGGAUUUCCCUUUUAAUAUCUGACUCUCUGAAGUCCAAUGAGCUGUGACCUAUUGUGACUCUGAGACUGUCACUGAAACCUGAGACUUAGAGUGGGCCCAUGGACUCAGAACUCCAAAUAGGAGCUCUCAUGGUCUCACACUUGGAUCUCUUGUCCAGGGAUAAUAGUAUCAGAGACGCAGUGUUUUAUUGUUAAAGUGCAAAGGGUGCCCUUCCAGGAAACAGAGCAAAACAAGGCAACAACUUAUACAAAAUUUCAUUCACAAGAGCAGCAAGGUUUUUAAUUUUGCAAAAUGCUCCAAAGAUUUCCAGCAAUAAAGCAAAAUUAAAUUGAUACAUUCAAAAGGCAAAGCCUCAGAAUUUGGUAAACUACCAACCUCUGUGUUUUAUACAGAAAUAUUGCUACCUAUUGAAAUCACAUAGUUGAGGUUUUGAGAUACCAAGAAAGACCUUGAGAUUAUGAUUGUCAUUAAAUCUAUUUACUGAAGGCUCUUGGGAAUCCCUACUUGCUGAGGACAAGUGUCAUGGAUCAUCAGGAGAGAACAAAACUUGUAAACAUAGGUUUCUGUCUUAUCAUGCAUUUUAUGCACUACUGAGCCCGUGCCCUGACCCUGUCUACUCCAUGGUGUCACUGGAAACCAUCUCAUUCCUUCAAACCUGGCCUCAACAAACACUAGCACCUCUGAACCUAACAUGGCCACUGCAAGAGGCAGACAGGAAGACCCACACAACCUCAGGCCCAAGUAACAAGGCACUUCUGAAGUGAACUAACCAUUUUCAGUUGGUCUGGGGGCAUUGCUAAUGUCUGCAGCUUUUCCCUGUGCUUUUUCUUCCAAAUACAGCCUGACUCCAAGCACUUGGUGUAACUUUACCAAAAAUUCCUUCAAAAUGAAUUAUAUAUGACUGAAUAGGCUUUGGGUGACACAAGAUGCCUUUUAGCCAAGAAUACUGAUAAACUAAGUCCAAGAACCAAGAACCAAUCAAUUGCAGCCUAGGUAUUUCUAUUAUUAGAAUAUAGAUCUUCAACUACAAAAAUCAUGUUAUUUCAGAGGCUUCUAUAAGCAUAUGUACCAGAUAGAGAUGGAAAAACAUGGUACACAAGAGACUGAGUCAUGAGGGUUAACAUACGCCAGUCUGAAUGAUGAUUCCUUAUGGGUAGCUCUUGAUAUAUACUUCAGUCACAAGCAGUUAUAGAUAGAUAGAUAGAUAGAUAGAUAGAUAGAUAGAUAGAUAGAUAGAUAGAUAGAAGAUAGAAAGAUAGAUAGAUUGAUAGAUAGAUCGAUCUUGCCAGAAUAUACUGAGAUAGUGUGCAAAAUUCCUUCCUCACACUUGAUUCAAACAACUGAAACCUAAGUAUUUCUGUCCUGCUGCCUUUCUGUUUCCUUCCUUUGUUCCUUUUCCUUUCAUAUUUAAAAAAAGUCCAUGAUACGGCCAAUCUUAUGUUGUAAACUAGUUCCAGUUUUAUAAAGUAAUGAAUCCUCUUUGUGGACAGGUGUAGGUAUGUGUGCAUGUGUGUGUUGCACGUAGAUAUUACAUGAUUCAAAGGAGUGACCUUUUGGAAGGACCUGGAAUGCCGAUAAGGAAGGUUUGCAUUUUUAUUUCCAAUAUGUUGUGACCAGAACACAACUUCAGUCAAGUCCUUCGUUGCCAUCCCAUCCUUAUUAAGAAAUGAUCCUGUUCAAUGGUUCAACUCAUCAGCGUGGGAUCAUCUGGCUGCCCAAGUAAGAAGUACCUAGGAAGCUUUCAGAAAUACAAAUUACUGAGCUUUACACCUGCAGAGAUUUGGAUUCAGCAGGUGGCAGAUAUGGCCUAGAAAUCUGUAUUUAGAAAAUCACUCUAGGUAAUGAGAAUAUAAAGCCAGAUUUGAGCUUCACUGAAGAGUUCUCAAAUAAUCUCAAUUACCAGGAAUAAAUAAAGGUGACUAAGAGAGCAGUCUAUUAUUUCAUUUGUAGUUAUUUUGAAAAGCUAAGUAUUCUGGGCUUUGUAGCAUUAUUUCUUUCACAAGUUUUAAUUUUAGCUUUGGUCUCAAAUUUACAGUCUGCUUUUUAAGCAGGAGACUUCAAACUUAGAAACAAAAGUCAAAACUAAUAAGCCUGAGGAAUGAUUAUUGCUCACUAUAGGGCUAUUAGGCACAGUAGACCUGGUACCAUUUUCUUAGUUACCACCUGAGCUGUGCAGUAUAUCACAGUAGAUGCUGGUCCACACCACCAAGCUAUAAACUACAAACUUUUGGACUACAAAAAACUAUAAACGUUUUUGUUUUGGAGAAACAAAUAUCGAAGUGACAACAUGAUUUCUGAACGCUUUGAUUUUUAUGUCAUAAAAAAUCACCAACUUAAUACUUAGUAUCACUCUGUACUUUUCACAUUGAAUUGUGCAUUCAUCUAAAAAUAAUUUCCUAGCAAUACUUUAUAACAACCUUUCAAGCAAUAAUUUAAGCCAUGGUAUGAUACCAUAUGAAACCUGCACUUCUGUGCACUUCAUAGCACCUUUAGGGAAAUAGAGACAUGUUUUAUACAAGCAAUAAUAUGGCUGGUGUGGACUUUCAAAAGAUAUUCGUGAUUCUAUUACAGCAAAAUAAGAAGCAAGUAAUAAUUUAGGUAAAAAUUAUCUGAGCAAAUAACAUGGGUUCAUCUGUCUCAGAAGCCAUUCAUUUGCACACAUGCUAUAAAGUAAUAGACUCCUAUCACAUUAUUUCUGUUGUAUAAUUUUUUUAUUUAUUUAUGAUAGUCACAGAGAGAGAGAGAGAGAGAGAGAGAGGCAGAGACAUAGGCAGAGGGAGAAGCAGGCUCCAUGCACCGGGAGCCCGACGUGGGAUUCGAUCCUGGGUCUCCAGGAUCGUGCCCUGGGCCAAAGGCAGGCGCUAAACCACUGCACCACCCAGGGAUCCCAUGUUGUAUAAUUUUUAAAAUAACCUAUCACAAUAUGAUUUCUGUUCCUCCCAAGAGACCUUUGUAUGUAAAGUUGCCCAGACUUUCAGGUCUUUGUAGAAUAUGAUAGUGAGGAGUAGUUAAGGAUGGAUAAAUGAGUAAAGUAGAGCAUAGGUUGGAUGAGUUGAUUGAGAAUUUAGGCUUUGCAAAAAUACAGAUGGAUCUUGGGACAGGUUAAUUCGAAUUCUUGGUUUGAUAAGCAUUCGAAGAUGAAAGAUUAAAGAUAAAAAGAGCUCAUUACUACUGUUUUCUGUGAUGGCAAAUGUUUAGUAAAUAUAAUAGUAUUUUGGCUCCAGAAUAUGAUUGGUUGGAUGUCAUCUGUAGUAUAAUUAAUAAACAUCUGAAAAUGAUUAUGUAGCCUUAUUGAAGAUAACCUGCCCUUCUCAGCUGUUUUUAUGAUAGCACUAAAGACUAUAUAUUUCAAAAUGAGUAAUUAAUAUUUUUAGUAUUAAAAUGUAAUUUUAUUUUAUUUUUUUUAAAUGUAAUUUUAAUCAAAUAUGGCAUAGUCAAUAAUCAGUCAGAUAAUUUAAUAGUUAAAUUAUCCCUCCAUCAUGUAGCAUAACAUAGUAGGAUUACACUCAAGGCAAUUGGUAAAUUUAUGUUACAAUGAGGAACUUCUAAACCUUGGGUUAUUAUUUAGCAAAGUCAUAUAAAUUUAGGAUCCAUUCCUAAAACUCUAAAUAAGAUUACAGCUCCUAUUAUUGCCUCCCUGGGCAAACUCUCUACUAAUCAUGAAUCUGAAUACAAUUGGAAUGGUGGCUGGGCUUGCUGCUAGUUUACCUUCUUAAUAACCAUUGCAAAAGUGAAGGUAACAUCCUUCUUCUCACAACUUAGAAAAUCCCCUUAUAAAAAUGCAGCAGGACUGUUGAUUUCCUGAGAAAGUUUUUGAUAAUUAUCUUUUUGCAUAUCAUUGGAUGCUUAAUUCAUAAAAAACAUGCUUUUGACUGUUAAUAAAUAAUGAAAAAUACUUAAUUUGAACCUAUUAUAGUGAAUUUAUCCUUUCAGUUAAUUCAUCUAGCUGGUGAUCAGAUCAUUCAAAAUAUUAGACUUACGUACUGUUGCAUAUUCUCUGAAUGCAGAAAACAGAAUAGCAGGCCUAAGUCACAGCUUGUUUCUGAUUCUUUUGACACAUAGUUUAAAAAGAAGGGAAUCAGUUCACAAUUCAACCUUCUUCUGUGGCCUUUUCAUUAUUUGGAGAUAAAAAAGGGAUUCUACUAAAUAUAUUUUUACUGUGGUCUAUUAAAUGUAAUUAAAUAUAAGUAGGACUGUAAUGCAUUAAUUGGAGUAAAAAUCAGAAACGUAUAAAACUACUUCUUCACACCACCUCACUUUUGAAAGAUAAGCUUAUUUUGCUGCUUGGCAGUUAUGCAUCAGACUCAAGACCCAGGGCCAGAUGGAGAGGAUGGGAUGCACAAGAGCUUUAGGAGAGAUGAAGCAAAAAGGUUUAAUUUUUUUCUGCAUGAAGGUAUAGUUACUCGUAAAGGAGAGGCAAUUUCCAUAAGAGAUACAUGUGGUUUAAUGAAAGCCAGAUGACUUAUUUGACUGCUGGUCAUUCUUAUUUCAGAAAGGAAAGAGGAAAACAAAAUCCUUUUCAGUUUUCUUAGGAGGUGGGUCUGCCUCUCAGCAGCCGCACAUUUCAGUGAAACUGGGAUUAGAACCUCACAGGGCUAUAAAUAGAAACUCUCUGAAGGUGGCUGAUAGCACUAGUCUUGGUUACCAUGAUGAAGGUAAAUGAAGGUGUCAGAACAUCUGGACUGAAGGAACAAAGAAAACCACAUAGCAGCUCUGCCAUAUGUCACAGAACAGCCUGCUAAAAUUAGGGUGCAAGUGAUAUUAAAAUAUUUUUCCCCUUGAUAACAUGCCUGACUGAGCAAACGCGCAGUAAGAAGAACACAAUUUUAUUUUAUACAUCCUUUUUGUGUGUGUUCUGACAUUAUAGAAACAAUAUCUUUCCCUCGUUGGGAAAUCUAAUCACAAAGAAUGAGAAAUACCCUGUGUUCUAAAUCAUUUUUGGAGCUAUACUCUAUUCCAUAUUCUUCUUCACAGUAUUCUCGCAUUGGGCUUUGGCUGCUAGCAAAACAAGUGCUCGACCUUAGAUAGAAGCCUGCCUUUUUUUUUUAAAAAGAUUUUAUUAUUUAUUUAUUCAUGAGACACACACAGAGAGGUGGGACAUAGGCAGAGGGAGAAGCAGGCUUCCUGUGGGGAACCCAAUGUGGGACUCGAUCACAACCUGAGCUGAAGGCAGAUGCUCAACCACUGAGCCACCCAGGUGCCCCAAUAGAAGUUUUUCUGACCCAAAGCCUGUCCUGCUCCUGCAGGGAUGCUGCAGAGUUGGAGCUGGGGAGUCACACCAGCAGUUGGUGGUGUUCUGCCCAAGAGAAGAGGUACUAUUGUCUGCCUUCCAAAAUUAGAAGGGGCUAGGUAGCCUCUUAUCCUCAUUUAAAUAUGUCUCACUGAUACGCAACUGGUUAAUUCAGGCAGAUUGCUUAGAACAGAAAAGUUUUAAGAGAGGAAACAAAUCUGAAUAGCUUUUAAUCAGAAUUACCAGCUAGAAAAAGAAUUUAGGAUGAUAAUUUAUGUCUUGAAAGAGUCAACUUAUAUCCCCAAGUCAGAAUACUAGACACUUCUGAAAGUUUUUUAAAUGUAUCAAGUUCUUCAGCACUAAGAAAGAAAAAUAAUUUUGUUGAUGGAUUCCUUAAGGCUUUAUCCCCUGGAGAUAACAUAUAAUUAUAAAACGCAUUUAAAUUAUUUUUUUUUUCCUGGACAGCCCAGGUGGUUCAGCAGUUUAGCACCACCCUUGGCCCAGGGCGUGAUCCUGGAGACCUGGGAUCAAGGCCCACAUCAGGCUCCCUGCAUGGAGCCUGCUUCUCCCUCUGCCUGUGUCUCUGCCUCUCUCUCUGUGUGUCUCUAAUGAAUAAAUAAAUAAAAUCUUUAAAAAAUUUAUUUUUUCCUCUAUGUUUUCCAUUUGUGGCAGAAAAGAUAGAAAGGAUGUCACAGAAAGACUGACAAAUUGUGGCAGUAAGCCAUGGUUUGCAAAUUUGGCAACAUUCUUUUACUUAAAAUACUAAGCUGUUUUUAAUGAUAUAAGGGAUAAGAAUAAUAGUCAGUACUGUAUUAAGACUUGUUCGCUUUAGAAUUAUUCAUAUCCAUACUACUAUUACUCUCAUAAUAAAACCUAAGUCAAAGCUAAUUUAUAUUCAAAUCAUUUGAACAAUAAAUACAAAUGUUCUACAUCACCUCUGACUAACAAGAAUCUAUACAUUUCUGUACCCAGUGAGACAUCAAAUCCUAGAACUGCUUUACUUUUAUUGUCUCUCCUUAAUGCUCAAUAUCGCUAACUUUCAUGGCAGCAGGAGAAGAUAGCUUUCUUCUAAGGAGAAAGGGGUGUUCUGGGUCAAUAUAUUUAUGUAAAACCACUUAAAACAUCCUUUUUUUUUUUUUCCUACUUCUUCAUUCAAAUCUCCAUGAAGUGAAGCCAAAUAUUAGAAUGGCCAGAUAGUUUAUCAACAAUAUGAACCCCCCCUUCCAAAUUUUAUUGGUAUAAUUUAUCAUGUUGAAAUUAAAGCCAAAGCUUGGCUUGAAGUCUCAGAUGAAUUGUUUUCAUAUUAUUUGGCUAGAAAGAACUAUCAGGAAAAGGUGAACUCUUAUUUAUGAUAGAUGUCAUUCUAGCCAGGAAGAGAUCAACAACCUAGAUGACUGUAUGACUAUCCACACUAAUUCAGGGAGGGGUUUUUAAAAAUUCUUUAAUUUUUGCUCUUGUUAGGCAAAGAUAAUUAUUAGUGGAUGACAGCCAAAUUCUUCCUGUCUUUUUUAUCUGUUUCAAAUGUGUCACCAGGCAUUUGUAAAGUCCAUCCCUUUCUUUGUUAUACCACUCAAUGAUCUGGAAUAAUGGAUACUCACUGCUUUUUUUUUUUUGAUCCUUAAAAACACUUUAUUCCCUAUCUAAAAGAAUUCUCCUACUAACAUGCAAAUGAGGAAGUAUCCCAUUUUAUGACUAUAUGUGAAAUACUUCGGCUGGAUUCAACUAGAUUGCAGGAGAAAAGACAGCAACAGGGAAGACGAAAAGAGACAAAUCAAAUUUUACCUACAUUAAAAUUAUGUCUGUAGCCCAACCCCAUUAACCCAGAAGACAGCUGAAAAAAAGAUGAACUGAUUAUAGAUUUUUAAAUACAAAGUUCAUAUUUAACAGAAUGUCUGAAAGUUCAUCAUGUCAAAACUUUGAUAAACAAAAAACUAAAAAUAUGCUCAUCAGAAUGAAUCUAUUUAAAAGUACAAGAAGAACUUCUUGCCUUAUAGAUGCCCUACCCCUACCCCACCUCACCCUGGUACAGAAUUUGUCUUCUGUUGGGAAAAUGUGGUACUAUGUCAGUAUGUGUUGUAUGUCCUCACUAAACACUAGUAUCAUCUUGAUUAUAAUGAGAAACAGUGAAAGGGUCCAGUCUCAAGUGUGGCUGUAACUUGUGCAUCAGUAGAAUUUGGUACUGUUUCUGAGGGAGACUCUGGGCAAGCGUAAAUUGCAUGGCCUCUGUGUUGUAUGCAGGAAUAAUCAGGUCCUCACAGGUGGCCAGUAUCCUCAGCUUCUUUUUUACUUUUCAUUCUUUCUUUUUUUCCCUUCCAUCUCUUCUCUCCUUCCUACCUUCCUUCCUUCUUUUCUUUCUUUCUAGCUUUUAUGACAGAUGUGAAAAUAGUGUUUCAGUAUUUGGGUGGAGGCUUCUCUUUUUUUCUUGCACGUCACUGAGCACAGUGUGGCUUUAGGAGGUUAGGAACAGAAGGUGAACAUUUAAACAUAGAUCAUUUGGGGAGGGAAAUGACAGAGAUCAUUGAGACAUUGUCUUCUCAGUUAACAAAUCAGGAGUUUAAAAUACAUAGAUGUUGUUCUUUUGCACUGAAUUUGAACACUUUCUCAGGAAGUAUCAGGGUCAGCCUUUUUGGACAACCUCCUAUUUUUGCCCCUACAAAGAUCUUCAUUUAGAAAAAUCUUCUCAUUUUCAAAUAGUAAGUUUUUACUUGGGUGCGCCACUCUGCUCAUCAUUGAAAGAGAAGAUAGCAUUUGUAAAGAGAUUGCUUUUUAAAAACAACUUUCCAAUAAGGCCAGUACAUCCAAUGCUACUUGAUUUUACUGGCUCUUUAUCUAGAGAUAAAUUACCUGUCCGGCUUCUUGUGUACCCCUCUGUAACUCAAUUUGGCACAGUAUGGUGUCUGGGCUUCUUUUUUGAGGGUAUGAAAACAUUUGCCAUCAAUUCUGUAAGUCUGCUGUAUCGAACAAGCAAUAUACAAUGUAGUCCCUAUUUCUUAGCUCUCUGCCUUUGAGAUCUUAGUGUGUAUUCAGAUAACUGUUUAUAAUCACAAUUUCUACUUAGUCACCAGAAUUAACUAAUUACUAUGCUUUUAAACACAAAAAUACACAGGUUGGAUCAUUUACAAGUCCCAAUAAAAAGCCUUUUUUUUUUUUUCGGGGAAAAUUCAAUCAUUUCUAGCAAAGUACUUGAUUCCUAAGGGAAAAGAUGUGAAUUAUCUUAUUUAAGAGAGUAAAAAUGAGGAAGAUAUUAUGCCCUUUCAUUUUAGGUAUCCCCAACACUAUAAUCAUUUGAACAAGUAUUGGAUAAGAUUUAAAGAAUCUUUAAUCCCUGAACUGAAAAUAUUUUUGGUUUUUUGGUAGUGUAUUAGUAAUAUAUUCAAACUACUUAUCAAGUUUUCACCAUGAUAUAAAUUUGUAUUCAUUAACAGAAAAUUAUAUAGAAAUAAUAGAGCUUUUUUCUUUCUAGAAAUAUAUGCUUCUGUAAGUCAGAUAUCUUUGAAUAUUGGUUUACUUCUCAUUUAGACUUUUUUUUUUAAAUACAUCUUGAGGAUAUUCUACUCUAAUGAAUUAGUCAGUCAGUCCAGGGAAGAGAUAUGAAAACUACAGAAAAAUUAAAAACUUUAAAAGAGUACAUUUCAAUGUCAAUUGACUUUUACUUAUUUCACCUUGACUUGUGAAAUUGUGAAGAAAUAGGCCGCCACCAUAUAAAUUGACACUUAGGAAAAUAUAAAUUUCUUCCUGUGUCUUCCAGUGUUAAAAAAGCCUGUGCCUUGAAAUAAUACACAAUAUUGAUACUUGUUCGGCUUCACUGUCUUUACCAUUUUUAUUUCUUUAGAGAAAUAUGUUUAAUAAUGACUGUAAAAAUAGAAGAAAUGUGGUUGAGGAACACAGAAGAAAUUAAGAUCAAAUGUGAAGAGAGUCCUAUUUUCUCCAUUUUGUGUCAUUCAGGCUGAAUUGGCAUCUAAGGCCCAGAUUGGCAGCCUAUCACUGUCUUCUUUAAGCAUUUGAAGAUAAGCAAAAAUUAUUCCAACCAUGUGGACAUUUAUUUACACCAUAAUGGCAGGUUUUGAUUACCAUGAAAAUCAGGUUAGGUUCAUAUUUUUAAAAAAUGGUCCAUGGGGAGAAAGACUUUCUGAUUUUUCUUGGACGUGGAUAAACAGCUUUUCCUGUAUUUAAAAACAAAACAAAACAAACAAACAAAAACAAAAAAAAACCUUCCUGGGUGUUUGGCCUUGGAAAAACUCUGAAAUUUUAUGACAUCUGCCUGCAACUACAUUAUAACUUUGGUAAUCAAAUGACAGAACUGUCUCAUUAUGCUUUUAAAACGUACCAAUUAAGUGCAUUCCAGAAAUAAUACAUAUCAUUCUUCAUUUCAAAAUCAACCUACCUGAAUUCUGACUCUUCAACUGUGAGUAGCCAUUUUAGAAAACCAAAGGGUCUCAUUUCCCAAAACCAUACUGUAGAUUAAAAAAACAAAAAACAAAAAACUUGCCUGUUCAUUUCAAUGUAUAAGAUAAAUAGCCAGUACAUUUCCAUCAAACUUUCUGGCACUAUAUAUAUAUAAUCAUCAAUAGGUUUCCCAACUCAAUAAAAAUACAUAGUUUAUAAUGUGCUAGGCCUUCAUUUGCUUCCUCUGCAUGGGGUAGUUUUUAUGUAAGGAGAUACCUGAAUUAUUUUAAUACUUUGGCCAAUUCAUUUGCUGUGAUUUCAUGGGUCUAAAUUUUUGAUUUGGCUUGCAAUGUAAAUAGUAUUGUACAUCUGCUAUUUUGCUAUCGGAUUAUACUUUGUGAGUCAUUUCUUUUAAAUAUCUAGUUAUCACAAUCUUGAAUUACAAUGUCAUUAAUAAUACCAGGUCAAUAUACUAAUAUAUCUGUAAGGCAUGGUUAAAUGCAUAUAUUUUGAAAUGUCAAGCUAUUAUUUUUAAAAGAUGAAUGCAUCUCUUAAACCUGUACCAUUCAUUAAAAAGUUUCAUUUGGUGUUUAAUAUUUUAUUUUAAAAUAUUUUCCUUUAUCUAGUAGUACAGGUUAAGAGAACCUUUUUUUUGAAUGAAAUGAUAAAAUAUGCCUCGUUUCACUAGAAUUUUAAGAAUACUAGUACGUGUAAAAGUAUAUAAGCACUUACAAGAUUAUAAACAUCCACUGUAUCUUCUUUGGUUUUCAUGUAACACGACUUUUUACUCAUGUGAUUAUUUUUACUUGUAAUUAACCUAAAUCACACACAGUGUAAAUAGCAUGUUUCAUUAUGAAAAAUGUCUUUGUAUUUACAGACUGCAGAACAAGGUAAAUUUCUAUAUGAAAAAUGAUUGAUGAAAGCCCGGGAUUCUUAAGAAACAAAGUGGAAAUGACAGUUGUGUGUUAUAUUUUACAUAAUUCAUUACAAAAUUAAGUCAUGCAUUUAUUUACCUUGUAAGUCCAAACAGUCACUUAUAAAAAUAUUUAAAUCAAUAAAUGAUACCAAAAAAGUGGA